AUGGUAAUUGGUGCCGGUAAUCAUAAUGAGACGAACGGUGGUGCUCGACCUCUCAGCACGGUUCAGGCAGGGGCGCGGUCACGAUCCAAAUCGGGCCCUGCAUCUCCACUGAGGAACUUUUCGGAGCCUGCUCCUCCAGAUAGGACGCAAGAAGGCAUUCUCGUCCACAAUCUCUCUCCCGAAAAGAUUUCCAAGUUGCUGUUGUCCCCUGUGGACCAGCAUUUCGUACGACGGUGCUCGGAGCCACCCCAGUGUAUAGAUCAAUCCGCUCCGUUGAAAAUUCAGGCCUCCAAGGGGGACUACAAGACUUCGGUUGUCGGCGUGUCGCCGCUGAGUUCAUAUAGUCGGCUCCCAACUCGCCCGCAAGAGUGGAAGAACAAGACAGAGAAAAAGAGAGGGAAACAGCUCAAACCGGCCCUCUCUGCUCCAGGAGCUGUGCCGUGGAAUACAAGCGUUCUGAUCGAGCCGUGGGAGCGCAAGCAGAGAGAGCGAGCCUACGAGAUACCAAUUUCCCCUCCGUUACGUAAAAACAGUUUUCUUCCGGAGUCGUACACAACUCCGCAAGUGAGCGAGCAGCAGCAUCAAGCGGAGCGAUGCGCUUCUGAAGAACCGAGCGCAUCUGCAGUCUCUCACGUCGAGUCCGUCCCUGAGAUGCAGUAUUGA